AGAUGGACAUAAGACUCAUCGUUAUCGCGUAAAUAUGAAACGCUUUGACGAAAUAUUUGACAAAAUUGGCCAUUUCGGGGUCUAUCAACUAUUAGCAUACUGUCUUAUUGGCAUAGUAUCAUUUUAUAAUGGCUAUCAGAAUAUAUCUGUGAAUUUUCUUGGAGGCCAUCAACCUCACUGGUGCAAAAUUGAACGAUUAUCGAAAUUUUCCCACGAACGUCAACGUCUUAUAGCCGUGCCUGAUGAUGAUACAAAAGACAAAUGGAGCUAUUGUCAAGUAUUCAAUCUUAAUUAUACAAGUUAUACCGAUGACGAACUUCUUAGAUGGACGAAAGAGGAUCGGAAAUACUUCCAGGCAAAUGCAUCCAGAAUAAAUUGCCCGAAUGAUUGGGUUUUUGAUCAGAGUCAGUUUAUACUAACAACCUUAUCUAAGGUAGGCGUUUCCUUUCUUACUGGUAGUAAUUACCAUCCCCACCCGUCAUCAUCGUAA